AUGAAAUACGCUCAGUACACAUUCCUGGUGACGAUCAUCUCCAUUAUCGAUUAUUCCUCGGCGCAGCCUUCGUGUGCAGUGGAAUCUUUCUCUGUGAAGGAAGACUUUGACCCCAAGAGGUAUGCAGGUAAAUGGUAUGCGCUGGCCAAGAAAGACCCAGAAGGCCUGUUUCUACAAGAUAACAUCUCAGCUGAAUAUACCAUUGAGGAGGAUGGCACUAUGAUUGCAUCUUCCAAAGGCAGAGUGAAGCUUUUCGGGUUCUGGGUGAUCUGCGCUGACAUGGCCGCCCAAUACUCAGUGCCUGACCCCACCACUCCAGCAAAAAUGUUCAUGAAUUAUCAAGGCCUGGCAAGCUAUUUGUCAAGCGGAGGUGACAACUACUGGGUGAUUGACACAGACUACGACAACUAUGCCAUCACCUAUGCCUGCCGCAGUCUGAAAGAGGAUGGCUCCUGUGAUGACGGCUACUCCAUUAUUUUCUCUCGCAACCCUCGUGGUCUCCCCCCAGCCAUUCAGCGCAUUGUGCGCCAGAAGCAGGAAGAAAUCUGCAUGUCUGGCCAGUUCCAGCCUGUGCUACAGUCAGCUGGGGCAGUUUUUCUCCAGUACAUGGUGUGCAUAGCUGGGUCGUGGAACUUGUUCGCUUUCGAGUUUGAUCCAUAG